AUGAGCGGGGUCCGCGACGAGAGCCCGUGCGACGGCAAUCGUUGGCGGGAUGGCGACGAUUUCAGCCGUCGUCUUCCGCCCGUGGUUGAAUCCGCCGUCUCCGCCCACGCCUACGAGGUGCAGAAGCUGCUCGCGUUGAAAGACGCGUUCUCUCAGUACGCGCCGGCAGCGCUGCCGUCCUGGAGCGUGGAGGGCGGGGACCCGUGCAAGAGCCAGUGGAAGGAGGGGAAAAUCGCGUGUAACACCGCCGGGCGCGUUAUCAGACUAAACCUGUCGAAUCAGAACCUCAAGGGACCGCUACCAGGCCAGGAGUUAGCCAAACUGGUUGCCCUGCGAAGACUGGACCUCGGGUUUAACAACUUCACGGGGGAGAUCCCGAUUGAACUCGCUGACCUAAGCAGCAUCACCUACCUGUCGCUGGAGAGCAAUCAGAUUGAGGGUGCCCUUCCCGAGUGGAUUGGCUCGGAAUGGCCCUCCUUGGUGCACCUGCGAUUGGCCAGCAACCAGUUUUCGGGGCAGAUUCCAAACGGCUUCGGGCAGCUGAAAAAUCUUGUGAUGCUGGAUCUGGCGUCGAAUCAGUUCUCAGGCUCAUUUCCAACGGACAUCCAGGUGUGCUCGCGCCUGGAGCAGCUCUCUCUGUCCGGCAACUCCCUCUCGGGCCCUCUCCCCACGUGGAUAGGCAAUCUCAAGCAGCUGCGCGUGCUGGAAAUGUUCUCUAACAACCUCUCUGGCACCAUUCCUGCUGAAAUCGCCCAGGCCACCUCCCUUGAAUCCAUUGCGCUGGAUGACAACGAUCUCUCAGGCACGCUGCCGGAUGCCCUGGGCAAUCUGCCCUCCCUGGCGGCGCUCUACAUGGCGUCCAACCUGCUGGAGGGACCCAUCCCCUACAGCUACCACCGCCUCAACGGGCUCAUGUACAUCGAUCUGAGCUACAACACGGGAAUCAAUGGCACAGUGCCCGAGUUCUUUGGCAACCUGUGGCUGCUGGAAUCCAUCGCGUUUGAGAACUGCAACCUCACGGGCACCAUCCCGGCCUCCCUCGGCUCGCUCUCCCUCCUAGUCGAAAUCUUCUUGGACAACAACAAGCUCACCGGCUCCAUCCCCGACACGCUCGGGGGGCUCGAGUCUCUCAACAAGCUGUACCUCAACCAGAACUUCCUGGAAGGUUCCGUGCCGACCACGCUGUGCAACCUGACCAACGUGCGGGAGAUCAAUCUGGCCAAGAACGGGCUCGAUGGGGACCUGCCGCUGUGCCUGGUGACGUUGCCGCACCUGUCAUCGCUUCUGGUGUCGUACAAUCAACUCUCUGGAGAUGUCCCGGACAUACCCGACGACUCAAAGCUCUUCUUCAGAUACGACCACAACUGCUACGAGGGAAUGCCGGAUCAAUCCCCGUGUGCGGAGCCUUCCUUUACCAGCGACGGCACCACCACCACGGAUGAUGGCAGCAAUGACUAUGCGGCUGACAACGCCACUUGGUCUGACACCACUGCGGACGAUUACCAGCAGUUUUACGACAACGAGACCAUGGGGGGUAGCAGCGGUGGUAACCAGCAGCAGCAGAGCCAGUCGUCCUCCAGUCACACCCCAGUGUUCAUCUACAUCCUCAUUCCGCUCCUAGCUAUGGUGCUGGCCUGCGUGGCAGCGUAUCACUUCUCGCCCAAGUUCAGAGAUGCUGUGCACGUGCUGAUCAACGGGAGGGACAAACUGGGAGUGACAGAGUUUGACCUGACACGUAUCAAGAAGGCGACAGGAAACUUCACAGCAGAGUACGGCCGGGGGAGCUUCGGAGUGGUGUUUCUGGCGGAGGAGUUCUUCAAAGGGCAGCCGGAGCCAAGAGCCAUCAUCAAGCGAGCUCAUGACCCGCAGAAGGUCAGCGAGUUCCUGUUCAAGUGCAAGGUGGAGAUUCUAGCCAAGGCACGCCACCGCUAUGUGGUGAAUCUGCACGGCUACUGCGUCAAUCAGGGGGAGCGCAUCCUCGUUUAUGAGUUCCUCCCCAACGGCACUCUCUUCGACCGACUGCACCGCCCCGAACUAGAGCCCCUCGCCUGGGAGACGCGUGUGCGAGUGGCCUAUCACGUUGCGAGUGCCCUGGAGCAUCUGCACCACGACCUCACUCCCCCGCUGGUGCACCGAGCUGUGACCUCGUCCAACAUUCUCCUGGCUGCCGACAUGACUGCCAAGCUGAGCGAUUUCGGCAUUGCCAAGGGCAGCAGCGGGGGGAAGACCGCGUUUGACGACACUCCGCGGCGCAAGAAGAGCCGCAAGCACAAGCAGGUGGCCGACGUGCAGUCGCCCUCGCCCCAGAUGGAGAAAGCGGAUGUGUAUGGGUUCGGAGUGGUGCUGCUGGAGCUAAUUACAGGGCAGAAGGCCAUGAAGGAGGUUCACAUUACCACCAUGGCUGCCCCCUUCCUGGAGGACCCGCAGAUGAUGCCUCUCAUGGUGGACCCCUACCUGGGCGGAAAUUAUCGGCAGGAAGAGCUCAUAGAGCUGGGCGGCUUGGCCCGAGAUUGCAUCCAAGAAAACGCCGCUUGCCGCCCGUCCAUGCGCGAGGUUUUGGAAAGAAUGGAGGAAAAUCUACCCUCCGUUGGGGUGUGUAUCGAAGGGGACGGAGUGGGAGGGAAGGCCGGGGAGGACGAGGAGACCGGGCUGCUUGUCGAGGGGUAUUCCGCCGCUGCGCCCACGUUCGGGCAGGGUGUUACGCAUCUGCACCCUCCGAAUGUGAGGGUGGACGGCGGGGGGCACGAGCAUGGUUCAGCUGUGAUGCGGGAGGAGCGGCAGGUGACGGGGAUUUCGGGGAUUUCGGCGCCGGCGUCGGCUUGGGCGUCAAUUGAAGGGUUUGCCAAGUCGAUUAAGAGCGCAAUUGUGAACCCGAGGGGGCACCGGGGGGAGUCGGAUCACGAGAUGUCGUCGCUGCUGGGUCAUGCCUCGUCCGCAAUCAUGCGAAUCCUUUCCGUACAUCACGGCGUCUCUCGCCUCCGCACACUUCCUUUCCCCAUCCCCACCGCAUUCCACCGAUCUCGCCCUAACCGACUCUACGAAUCCCGUCUUCUGGCGUCCCAGUCUUCCGCCACAUCUGCGCAAUUCCCUGGGCGAUCUUCCGCCCACGCGCAUUCUUCCGCGCAUGCCAACCCCGCGGAUAUGGUGGCGGAGGCGGAAGCUCUGGACGGGCCUAGUACCGACACCGCUCCUAUUACCGCCAACGGCGCUUGUAUUGCGGGCCGCACUGAUACUAGCGCCACGAUGAGUACUGCUGCUAGGUCUUUAUUAGUAAAUGGUAUCGGAGGCACUGUUCCUUUCACGCUUCGCGGUGUCGUUUUCGAUAUGGACGGAACCCUGACGGUGCCGUGCAUAGAUUUUGCCGAGAUGCGCCGGCGCGUGGGCGCCACGAGCCCGGAUAUUUUGCAUGAGAUCGACGGCUGGGAUGAGCCGAGACGAGUCGAGGCGUAUUGCGUGAUUGGGGAGAUGGAGGAGGAGGCGAAGCGACGGCUGCAGAUUAUGCCAGGGGCCCACGAGCUCAUUGGCUUUCUUGAUGCUCGGAAUAUUAAGCGGGGGCUUAUAACGAGAAAUGUGAAGGAUUCUGUGGACCAUUUCCACAGCAGCUUUGAGGUCCCCCCUUUUUCACCUGCUCUCAGCCGUGAAUUCCAACCAUAUAAGCCGCAUGCCGCCCCAUUGUUGCAUAUAUGUGAACAAUGGGGUGUACAUCCUUCGGAGGUGAUUAUGGUUGGAGACUCUGCAAAAGACGAUGUGGUGUGUGGAAAGAGAGCAGGUGCUAUCACAUUUUUUCUUGACGAGGGUGGCAAGUUCCCCAACGUUGAUACGAUGCCAGAAGAAAUCAGACCCCAUUUUCGUAUCAGAAGUUUGCAUGAGAUGCUGAAUCUCCUUAUGUCACCAAUACUGCGGCUGAUUGGGCGCGGAUCGCACGGCACGGUGUGGGAGUGCGAAGACAUCCGAACGUCCCUCCGCGUCGCGUGCAAAUCCAUCCCGCACCUGCCGCGCGAUUCAUCACACGCGCAGCAAGCUCCGGUGCGCGUAGAUGAUAUAUGCACGGAGGUUUGCGCUUUAAAGAAGGUCGGCGGUCAUAUUAAUAUCGUCGGUUUGAUCGAGGUUAUUGUGGAUUCCGCCGAGGCGCACGUGAUUAUGGAGUUAGCACCAGGCGGGGAUCUCCUAACGGAGCUCAUGCGGCGCGGUGCGUUGAGCGAGCCGCUGGCUGCUACUGUUCUGCGGCAGCUCGCAUCGGCUGUCGCGGUUCUCCAAAACCGAACCAACGUCUUCGGCUUGACAAACUGCCAGAGCACGGGCGCGCUGCCGUCGCGCGGAAAGGAUGCUUCCGCCGCGCCUGCUUCCCCAUCCGCCAAAUCUGGCGCAACAUCGCUCCCCUCUUCCCCCACUAGAUUCAACCUACGCUCUGCUGCCUCUCCGUCCUCCGCCGAUUUUCCCGCGUCCCCCUCCUCUCCUGCUCCCCCAAUCUCGAACGCCGCGGGUGGCCCACCUUCCCCGCCCGCCUCCCCUUGCACUCCCGCCUCCCCCUUGCGCAACAAGAGCCCGCGACCCUACAAAUCCGCAGGCCCCUCUUGCGGUUCCGCGCUAGGCGGUACUUCCGCGCGCGGGGGAAGCGAUGGCGCACGCCUUGGCGGAAGCUUUGGCGCGAACCGUAGCGCAAGCCAUGGCGGAAGCUCACCGUUGGGGGAAGAUUACGUGGGCGCGGAGCGGCAUAUUGUGGGGGUGAAACUCGCGGAUUUUGGGGUUUCCGCGAUACUGAAGGGGGGGAUGCGCGAGCUCCGCCGCAGUAGGGGCGCGGGGACGCCCGCGUAUAUGGCGCCGGAAAUGGGCUGGCGUAAGCGGGGGGCCGGGCGCGGAGAAGCAGGGGCGGAGAUGGGGGAGCAAGAGAACACGGGGCGUAAGGUACAUAACCCUAGUUCUUCGGAUUUGCCCGAGUACGGUGUGAAGGCGGACGUGUGGAGCCUUGGGGUUACCCUGUGCACAAUUUUGACUGCCCGGAUUCCUUCCCAUCCUGUAGACUUCUCAAAACCGGAAUGGGAGGGGGUUUCAGCAGACGCAAAGGAUCUGGUCCGUCGGAUGCUGGUGGUGGACCCGGAUCAACGGCUGAGCUCGUUCGAGGUGCUGGAGCAUCCGUGGCUGAACCAAACGGCCGUUCGAUCGUUGGACCCGGCCGUGCGCUGCCCCCACCUGCUCUCGCCCUCCCUGCCUGGCGAACCCACUGCCUGGGGCAACAGUGAAAGGGAGCAGAUGCAACAGAAGAAGCUGGAGCAGAAGGGCUUUAAGCAUCAGCAAGACAGGCUAUGA